AUGGCUAUGCAUUCACCUUCCUCUUCAUUUUCCUAUGGAUUCACUUACCAGGUAUUCCUCAGUUUCAGAGGCACUGACACUCGGUAUGGUUUUACUGGAAAUCUCUAUAAGGCUCUUACCGACAGUGGAAUCAACACGUUUAUUGAUGACAAUGAUCUUCAGAGAGGAGAUGAAAUCACACCAGCACUCAUAAAAGCCAUUGAAGAGUCUAGGAUUUUCAUUCCCGUGUUUUCUAUAGAUUAUGCCUCUUCUUCGUUUUGUUUGGAUGAACUUGUCCACAUCAUCCAUUGCUUCAAGUCGAAGGGUCGCCUAGUUUUGCCUGUUUUCUAUGGGGUGGAACCUACUCAUGUGCGGCAUUGGAGUGGAAGUUAUGGUGAAGCAUUGGCUAAGCAUGGAGAGAGGUUCCGAAUUAAUAAGCAAAACAUGGAGCGGUUGCACCAAUGGAAGAUCGCUCUUAACCAAGCUGCUAACUUCUCCGGCUACCACUUUAGUCCUGGAUAUGAAUACAAGUUUAUUGGGGAAAUAGUCAAAUACAUCUCUAACAAGAUCAACCGCGUUCCGUUACAUGUUGCCGAGUACCCUGUUGGAUUACAGUCCCGAGUAAAACAAGUGAAAUCGCUUCUUGAUAAGGGAUCUGAUGAUGGGGUCUACAUGGUAGGACUGUAUGGUACUGGAGGCUUGGGUAAAUCAACACUUGCAAAAGCAACUUUUAAUUUUAUUGCAGAUCAGUUUGAAGGUUUAUGCUUCCUUCAUAAUGUGAGAGAGAAUUCAACAAAAACUAAUUUGAAACAUCUCCAGGAAGAUCUCCUUUUUAAGACAAUUGGAUUGAAUAUUAAGUUAGGAGAUGUUAGUGAGGGGAUUCCAAUCAUAAAGGAAAGGCUGUGUAGAAAGAAGAUUCUUUUGAUUCUUGAUGAUGUUGACAAUAUCAAGCAACUGCAAGCUCUGGCUGGAGGACUUGAUUGGUUUGGCCGUGGAACUCGAGUCAUUAUUACCACUCGAGAUAAACACUUAUUAACUAGUCAUGAGAUAGAAAGCAUGUAUGAAAUGGAAGGGCUAUAUGGGAUAGAAGCUCUUGAAUUGUUGAGGUGGAUGGCUUUUAAAAAUAACAAAGUUCCUUCAAGUUACAAAGAAAUUUUAAACCGUGCAGUUACAUAUGCUUCUGGACUUCCAUUAGCUAUAGAAAUAAUAGGCUCCAAUUUAUUUAGGAAGAGUAUAGAAGAAUGGAAGAAUACAUUAGAGGGGUAUGAAAAAAUUCCCAAUAAAGAAAUCCAAAAGAUACUUCGAAUAAGCUAUGAUGCUUUGGAGGAAGAGGAGCAAAGUGUUUUUCUAGACAUUGCUUGUUGUUUCAAAGAGGGUAGAUGGGUGGAGGUCGAAAAUAUACUUAAUGCGCAUUAUGGUCAUUGUAUAAAACAUCAUGUUGGAGUGUUGUCUGAAAAAUCUCUCAUAAAGAUUACUAGUCAUAAAGUGACAUUACAUGAUUUGAUAGAGGACAUGGGUAAAGAAGUCGUCCGACAAGAAUCGCCUAAAGAACUUGGAGAACGUAGUAGGUUGUGGUAUUACGAUGAUAUAAUCCACGUUUUAAAAGAAAACUCGGGAACUAGUAAAAUUGAAAUGAUUCAUCUCAAUUUUCCUUCAAUGGAUGCGAUUAUAGACUGGAAUGGAAAUGCCUUCAAGAAGAUGAAAAAUCUCAGGACACUUAUCAUAAAAAAUGGUCAUUUUUCCAAAGGUUCCCGACAUCUUCCAAGUGGUUUGAGAGUAUUAGAAUGGCCAAGAUAUCCUUUAGGUUGUAUACCUUUUAGCAUUUCGAACAAGACAUUUGAGAAGAUGAAAAUCUUAAAAUUUGACUAUUGUGAAUACUUAACAGAUAUAUCUGACGUCUCGUGUCUCCCAAAUUUAGAAAUUUUUUCAUUCAAAAAGUGCGAGAAUUUAAUUUCAAUUGAUGAGUCUAUUGGGUUCCUCAAUAAGCUUCAAAUCUUGAAUGCUGAGGGUUGUGACAAGUUAUCUAGUUUUCCACCUUUAAAGUUGAACUCUCUUCUAGAGCUAGAACUUUCAUUCUGUACAAGUCUCAAGAAAUUUCCUGAAAUAUUGGACAAGAUGAAUAAUAUUAACAGUAUAACUUUGAUAGACACUGGCAUAAAAGAAUUCCCAUCUUCAUUUCAAAAUCUUACCGAACUUCAUAACUUAUCAAUACAUGGACAUGGAAAACUUGAAUUUCCUAGUAGCAUUCCCAUGAUGUCAAAGUUGUUCCAAGUUUAUAUUCACGGUUAUAGUCAGUUACUCACAAAACCGAAUGAUGAAAUGAGUUCCUUGAUGUCUUCCAAUGUGAGAGAUAUUUUUAUUCGAACAAGCAAACAUAAAUUUCUAACAGUGACUCUUACCCUGUUUUCUAAUGUGGAAACCUUAAACAUAAGGGGUAGCAGAAUCAAAAUUCUUCCUGAAUGCAUAAAAAAAUGUUGCUUUCUAAAGAGCAUUUAUUUGGAUAGUUGCCAAUAUCUUGAAGAAAUAAGAGGGAUUCCGCCAAAUCUUAAAACAUUGUCUGCAUUUGGGUGCGAAUCAUUGACUUCAUCAAGUAAAAGCAUGCUAGUGAUUCAGGAACUGCAUGAGGCUGGAGGCACUGAGUUUCGUUUUCCAUCAUCACGAAGUGAGUUGAUUCCCGAGUGGUUUGAGCAUCAAAGAAGAGAACAUUCGAUUUCUUUUUCGUUCCGUAACAACUUCCCUUCCUUGGUUUUCUUCUUUUCUUCUAUAAGAAUGCAUGAAUUGGUCCCUGGGACAAGAGAUUCAGGAUUAAGAGUCUAUUUGCUCAUCAAUGACUAUGCAUAUACUCUUGAUGAGCCUGAGUUUGGUAUGCCUUUUGAUAUUCCACGGGAUUAUACAUAUAUAUUUUCUUCAGAGAGGAAAAACUGGUUAGAACUACCGGACUAUACACCAAAGGGAGACCGAGAAUUCAAAUCUAUGUUGGAGGAUGCACUUUCGAAAAAUGAAUGGAUUCGUGCGGAAGUUAAGAUUGCGAUUGAUUUGGAUUCUGAUUUGAAUGAUGAUAAUGUUGAAAGUGGAAUCCACGUACUCAAACAUUUAACUAGCAUGGAUGAUAUUCAAUUCACUAUUUCUUCCUUAUCCAAAAAGAGAAAAUUAGAUGAAUUUCUGAAUGAUUCAACAUCAGAAUGA